AUCGCAGGAAAUGGUCUUAGGUGUUUGAACAGUGAAUAAAGUGAAGUGACAAUGAUUGGAAAAAAUGUGCUGGUUAUUAGUGCGUUUGUGCUGUACAAUACAAUAGUUCUAAACGCUUCGAUCCAAGAAACCGACGCGAACAAUGUUGGAGUGAAUGAUGAAUUGAAAAACUUCGCAAGUGCUGACCGGACAGGGCGAUCCCUCCACAAGGAAUGCAACAACAGUCUCAGUGCUAAAUGUGUUAAAAUCCACGUCCUAUCUUUCCUAGAGGACUUGAGCUCUCGUGAUGAGCUACCUCUUUUACCGGGACUGAGCAUUGUCAAAGAAAUGAAAGCGAACAUUUCUAGUCCAGAAGAAAUAGCAGCGGAAUUAUCCAGACAGUUCCCUGGAAAGCCAGAUGAGAAGUUAAAUAGGUUCCUAUUGUAUCGCUUGCAAAACUAUUUGGAUAGUCAUUCGUUAAGGUAUAGGCUGUUGGAUCCAAAAACUUCGGAUGAUGCUCUUAAGAUGGCGAACGAAGAAACGGAGACUGGAAGGAGGAGAAAAGUGAGGGGAGGCGGUGGUGGUGGCGCCUUACUUGCCGCAGCAUUGAUGAUGAAAGGAACUCUCGCAGCAGCAGCCCUUGGAGCAUUAGCAUUAUUAGCCGGUAAAGCAUUGAUGACAGCCCUCAUGUCUCUACUGCUUUCUGCUCUCGUCGGUCUCAAGGGUAGUGGCGGGAAAUCCACAACCUACGAAAUAAUAACCAAGCCUGAGGUCUCACAUCAUCAUUCUCACAGCCAAGAGGAGCAUCACGAACAUGAGCAUGGCCAUCAUGGAGGGUAUAGAAGAGCAUAUGAUAGUAAUAAUUAUAACAGCUAUAUGCCGUAUGACGCGACUGCAUAGGGUUGUCAACUUCUAAACUAUACAAAACACAUUUCUUAUUGAAUUAGGAAUAGUAAUUUUAAUGGAUUAGGGUCAUUGUUUUAAUUUGUUUUUUGUAAAUUUUUUCUAUUUAUUUAUUUAUUAUUUAGUAUUAAAUACUGUUGUAAGGAACUUUGUUUUGUAUAAUAAUACAGUUGAUUAUGCUAUGAGUAUACACUCAGUGGUAAAUAUAGUUAGAGUAAUAUUACCUUAUUUUAUCACAUAUUAUGUAAAAGUUAA